AUGCUAUUUGAAUACUCCCUGCCACUGAAUUGCCCCGUGGAUCCCGAAUAUGUGCCUACUGACGGCAAAGUGAUCACAGUGCUGGCCAUGCAGAUGGGAAGAGCCCUUCUUAUGCACGACUAUUCCCACGUCUCCAAGACUUGUCGAUCUGUAACACCCGCUGAAGCUGAAGCAAUGAGGCUGGCAUCGAAACAUACAUCUGCUCUUCUAUCCAAAAUUAGCUACCCUCUCUUCGGUGACACGAGCGGCGACAUAGGAAUAGCGAUUGUUCCACGUUCCGCUCUUGACAAACACUCGAAGAACUUAGAUGAUAUGAUGUCGUCAGACUUGGGAUUUGGUCUCCAUGAUACGACUGGUUCCGCUGAAACCAGUGCUAAAACAUCCUUUUCAAUGUGCCGUUGA